UGUACGGCCGGAGAGUUCAGAUGCGACGAUGGUAAGUGCAUAGCGUUGAAGUGGUGGUGUGACCGGACGAAAGAUUGUGAUGACGUCAGUGACGAGCUGGGAUGUGAGUGCACUGUGAAUGAGUUCAGAUGCGCAAACACGAUGUGCAUCAAAAAGCUGUGGGUCUGUGAUGGUGCUAAUGAUUGCGGCGACAAAAGUGACGAACUGAAUUGCACGACAUGCAAUUCGAGUCAGUUUUCUUGUUUUCACGGAGGAACCUGCAUCCAGAGGUCCCGGAGGUGCGAUGGGAGGUACGAUUGCGAGGACAGAUCUGACGAAUUGGGAUGCUGUGAGUGA